AUGUCUAUCGCAAAGUCUCGACCAUAUCGCUUCGUUGUUGGACCCAAAAGAGAGGCAUACUUCUUGCAUCCCAAGCUGGUAUCUCUGCACUCCGGGUACCUCGGUGCAUUAAUCGACGCCGACUGGAGUGGUGAGCGCACAGCCUGCAUUGUGCUCGACGAUGUUAGAGAGGAUACUUUCGCCAGCGUUGCGGAGUACCUGUACACAGGAGACUACACCUCGGCGUCGUACAGGGUGACGGUCAUUGAGGACGACAGUGGAGAUCUUGACAGCGAUAUGAUUGUUACUCCACCAACGACUGUAGACGGCCACGACGCUGAUUCGAGACUUCGAUCUGCCCAGAAGUCUGGUCAAGCAAAGACAGCCCUGGCCGAGCGACCUAUCACGCAAGGUGUCUGGGAAUUCUCGGGGCCAAAUCACUCACCUGUCGAGAAGAGCAAAGAGAAAGACGUAUCCGAUUGGGACGAAUCAAAUCCAGAACUUAUGACAAAAGAGUCUCCGGUAUCGCCAGUGGUCGAUCUGGAUGAGUGGGCAAGUUACACCAUGAAAUCAAUGAAAGUCAAAGCCAAGAAGAGGGCGGCAAUGUGGGCUGAGCCAGAGCCAACUUUAGAGCCCGAAGCCGACGAGCUAUUCACUACUCCGGGGCUUCGCGCGUGCUCCCCAAUCAAUGAAACGUCUGAGGCGAGGCACAUUACUCCUUCUGCUGCGAAGCCAACCCGCGAAGCCGCAAUGUGGACAGCAUUCACGGCUCGACAGUAUGAGCUUGAGCACCGUCCAACGCCUGUCGCAGUCAGAGCCAACCUCAAUGCAGACGAAGGCUACGAUGUCGUCUUCCUGAGUCAUGCUCGCAUCUUCAUGUGUGCCAAAGCCUGGUUUAUCGAAGGCCUUGCCAAGCUCGCACUAAAAAGACUGCACGAGACUUUGACGAGUUUCACUUUGUACUCAGAGAGAGUCGGUGAUGUCGUCAAGCUUGUCGAGUAUGCCUACAGCAGAUCCUGCAUGGGAUGCGUUGGUGUGCUUGAUCUCCGCGACCUUGUGAUGCACUAUGCGGCAUGCAAAAUCGCUAGGCUAGUGAGCGACCAGCGCUUCCAGGGCGUUUUGCAGGCUGAAAACACGGCUGGGGUUGAUCUGGUGAAAGAACUCGUCGAGGACUUGGUGUAA